AUGCUGUAUUGUCCGUACUGCCGCGGCCUGCCUGGACUGAAGCCCUGUCAUAACUACUGUCAGAACGUGAUGAGGGGCUGUUUGGCCAACCAGGCAGACCUCGACACGGAGUGGAACCUCUUCAUUGAUCAGUGCGAAUCCCGCAGGAGAGGGACAAAGGCAGACGACGUAAUGCUUAGGCUCCACGUCCGCUCCGGUCCCAGCGCUCUGAAUGAGACGUCUGGCAGCUUUAUGACAAGUGUUAAAAAGUUAGCGUCUUGUUCAGUGGUGAAGAGGCAAAUCUAUGGGCGCAGAGGGAGCUGGUGUGACAGUAACAGGACAGGGUGUUUUUUGAGGAAGAAUGACGACUUUGGUUGGACAUAA